GUCAGGCUAGGAUGGACGAACAAGGAAGUGCGAAACUGCAAAAGGCGACAAGGGAAAAACUGAAAAAGUUCAAUCAUUUACGAGGUAAAGACGUACGAACAGGAGAGUUUUGGGACAUUGUUGUUGUCACAGCGGCGGACGAAAAUCAGAAAGACGCGUACGAGCGACAGAUUUCGGAGAAACUUCGUAGGAAGGAACUUCCUCUUGGCACACCUUAUCACGUGUUUGCAGAUACACCUGGACCUAAAAUAGGCAAUGGAGGAUCUACACUGCAUGCAUUGCAACGCUUAAAAGAGAAGUAUGGACAAAGGUUGUGUGGAUUUAAAAUCAUUUUGAUUCAUGCAGGAGGAUACAGUCAACGGCUGCCAAAUGCCAGUGCUCUUGGGAAGAUUUUUACUGCCUUGCCCCUUGGUGAUCCAGUAUACCAGAUGUUGGAGCUCAAACUAGCCAUGUACAUAGACUUCCCCUUGCAUAUGAAGCCAGGUGUCCUGGUGACUUGCGCCGAUGACAUUGAACUUUACAGCAUCACAGACACAGAGAGGAUUACAUUUGACAGGACGGGGUUCACCGCUUUAGGCCAUCCGUCCCCCAUCUCCAUCGGGACCACUCAUGGGGUGUUUGUGUUGGAACCUGAGGCAGAAUCUAAAGUGUGUGAUAUGGAGUACAGGUCCUGUCAACGCUUUCUGCACAAGCCAAGCAUCAAGAAUAUGUACGAAAGUGGUGCUGUGCACAAACGUGAGGCUGGAAAUGUGUCUUUGGGAGACUCAGAAUUUGUUUACACUGACAGCACAUAUUAUGUUGACUAUGCCACCGCAAAGGAUCUGCUUGCACUAUUCAAAGACAUUGGACCUCUUAGUUGUGAGAUUGAUGCUUAUGGGGACUUUCUGCAGGCACUGGGCCCUGGGGCCACCUCAGAAUACACAAAAAAUACUGUGAAUGUAACAAAGGAAGAAAGUACUCUAGUGGAAAUCAGACAGAUGAUAUUCCAUCGACUAAAAGGAACACCCCUCAAUGUCAUUCUUCUCAAUAACUCUAAAUUUUACCACAUCGGUACCACUAGGGAAUACCUGUUUCAUUUUACUAAAGAUGUGGACCUCAGGGCUGAACUUGGUUUAGUUUCUGAUGCCUUCAGUGUCUGUCCGUGUGAAGCAACAGAGAAGGCCAAUGUUUGCGUUAUACACAGCAUCCUGCAUUCUAGCUGUGCUGUAGGUCCAGGAACAGUUAUUGAGUAUUCUAGAAUUGGUGCCAAUGUGACUGUGGGAGAGUGCAGCAUCAUCAGUGGCUGCUGGAUCAACAGCGGCCAGUGUGUACCCUCUGGUGCUUUCAUGCACUCACUGAGUGUGAAUGUACAUGGCAAAACUGGCUUUGUGACCAUUGUCUUUGGAAUAGAUGACAACCUUAAACAAAGUGUGACAUCCCUUCAGGACCUGAACAACCUGAAGCUGUUUGGAAAGGGCCUGGUUGAAUGCCUCAGCCAGUGGGGCCUUAGUGCUGAAGACUUGAAGUUCUCAGGCGAUAGAUGCAGCUUCAGUUUGUGGAAUGCCAAUAUUUUCCCAUUGUGCACCGACCCUGAAGGUUCAUUCUCAAUGUCACUAGAGAUGAUACGCUCUGUCCACAGUGGUUCUGACUUCAAAUUUCCCAAAGAUGUCAGGCUGUCAUCUUUGCAGCAGAUCCUACAAUGUAAGAAUUUGGAGGAGAUGCUGAAAUUUAGGAACAAACUCUAUGAGGAUAUAUGCCUGGAGAAGUCAAAGAACUAAACAAAGUAACUAAAUACCCAAGAUCAGGUACAAUAGUCAACUUCACAGCUAAGCCAGCUGCCCCCUACAACAGGCCCUAUCAAGUCAUAGUUAAGGCUGGGGUCAGCUGUUUUUUUAUUUUCUUAGGGGGGCUCAGUAACAGUUUAUUUUGUACUUCCUCUUUAUGAGUUGGAAAAAACAUCUCUUUACAUUUGUUCAGAGAGUGACACAAAACUGUAGAAUUCUGGGGAAAUGGUACUUGUAUUUUAUGUUGCUUGUUUUUAUCCCCGUAUGUACAAACCAUGAUAUGUAACUGUAAAGUGGGCAUCAAUUCCUGCAAUUCCUGCUAUUUUUAUUAAAUACUGAGUUAC